CUAAAGCAACUUGCCAAAAAUAUACAUUGUAAGCUGCAUGUGUUUUAUAAGAGAUAUCAUAUGGUGGAAGGGGCUAACAAUCACAUAACCUGGAAUUGAAAUUUCAAGGAAUGAGGACAAUGGACUUUUUCAGGAAACAGAGAAGAAAUUCCAAUGAAGAUGACGACCACAAUUCCCCACAUUCCAAAAGGAGGAAGAUGAACUCUGACUUUCAGGAGUCUUGGGAUGCAGAGUCUUCAAGCAAUGACAAUGAAAGAAGUGGGAGCAGCAUCAGUAGCCCAGAUAGGGCAAGUGGGCCAGAAAACAACUUAAACCAGAUUAUUGCUGAACUGAAUCCAAAUAACCCUCAGCGCUUAUAUGAGGAGUAUGCAUUGGGCCAACAUCUGUACUCACACAUCAACCAGAUUUUGAAGGAGGCUCACUUCCACAGCCUCCAGCAACGUAGACAGAAUCCAAGAACCUAGACAUCUUCCCAUAUGAUGCAGUAGGAACUGUUCAGACACAACUAAACCUUGUCUGUAAAUGAAAUUGCACACACAAAAACAUACGUCUGUUGGCUCUCUUCUCUGUACU